AUGUGGUGGUUGACAAUAACUUGGACUAUCGCAUUGAUUUAUCCCAUUUUGACAACAGGAUUUCAGCCUAUCUCGUCGUCUCAGUACACGAUAAGAUGGAACUCACAAGUUGCUUGUCGGGGCAAAGCACGAGAUGACGUGGAUAGCAUCGUAUCCAGUCUCGGACUUGCUCAAGUUGAAAAGGGAAAAAAGAAGAAACAGUCACAAACUAAAACCAAAAAGAAGCCUUCAAGCACGUUAUUAAGCGAAGAAUCGAAAUCAAUGGUCGGAAGUAAGGUUGGGUUGAGAACGCAAUUGGACUAUUCGCGCAAUGGACAUGCGGUUCUGAGAGAUCACAUUGAUCCGAAACUGUUAAAAGACGUACGGACGGCAGUUAUGGGCCAUGCCCAAAUGGAGGAGAUAAAAUCUUGGCGUCAAAAGGUUCAGGUGGCACUCGAUUCCCCAGAGAUCGCUGCAUCGUGCAAGACGAUUGAAGAUUGUCAGGAACAACUGGAAUCCUUAGGCAUUGUCGAUAUUCCAUUCUUGCAAUACUUCAACACAUGGAGAACCCUUCCAGUUGUAAAAGAGCUCGCCUAUGCUUUAGCAGAAUCUGCCUCAAUACUGCUCGAUGUUCCAAAAGUUCGUCUCUACCAAGAUUCCAUCUUUUGGAAGCGAUCUGUGGAUGGGCCAACACCGUGGCACGUCGAUUCCAAGAUGGCUCCCUUCGACACCAGUCAUUUUGUCACCUUUUGGAUACCUCUGACUCCUGUUCCUUCGUCAGGCACAGGGUUGAUGUUUUGUUCAAAGAGCCAUGCUGACUUUGCAUUGCCCUAUUGGAAUCCUGUUUCCGUAUCCGGUAAAGAGUCUAGCGAAUGGGAUCGAUUGGAACAUCGGUAUCCUGAAAAGAUUAUCGACUAUAUGCCAAUGAAAGUUGGAGACCUUACCGUCCAUUCGGGGUGGACCUUACACUGUGCUGGGGCGAGCGAUCAAACUUCGGAUCGAAUUGCUUUGGCCAUUUCGUUUGUGGACGCAAAUGCCGAAAUUCGACCAGACGCAUUGGACACUACUGGCAAAGGUGAUAACGAGGAUCUCAACGGCUACCUCGAAUGGGCUACGUCUGUGAAACCUAGAUCGAAAUUCGAGCACCCUAUGGUACCAAUCGUAUGGCCACGAUCAUGGUCAGUCUGA